GGGGCCCGGGUUUCACUUCACCUAUGUUUUGCGAAGGGAGCCCACGCUUUGAUGUUUCUCCAGCAUCGAAUUCUUAUCAAUCAUGGCUGUUAUACCAAGUUCUUCUUUCAAGGUGGCUCUCGUACAGAUGAAGCCAAAGCCCCUUGAUGCUGAACAUAACUUUGCACAUGCUGCCGAGCAGAUCCGUAUCGCUGCUGAUCAAGGUGCUGCACUAGCGGUACUGCCAGAAUACCAUCUUACAGGAUGGGUCCCCGAAGAGCCAUCUUUCGCACUCUCCCCUGAGGACGCUGGUAAAUAUCGAAAGAAAUACCAAGACCUCGCCGCCGAGAUUCAUAUCAAUAUUUGUGCUGGCACAUUUGUUUCCCAAGCCCCUAAACCUGAUGAUCAACAAAAUGCUGAUGCCCGACCCACGUUGUUGAAUACGUCGGACUUCAUCGACCACAACGGAAACCUCCUUGGCACUUACACAAAGACCAACCUCUGGAUACCAGAGCGACAUACGUUAACGUCCUUUGUCGACCAUGCUAGAAAUAUCUCCAAAGAUGAUUACGCUGCCCCCAAUCCCCACCAAGUCAUCGACACCCCUCUCGGCCGAGUCGGUAUCCUCGUCUGCUGGGAUCUUGCCUUCCCAGAAGCCUUCAGACAGCUCGUUCUCGCGGGCGCCAAGAUCAUUAUAAUUCCUUCGUACUGGACGGCGCUUGAUAUGUGCAAAGAUGGUCUUGCAUAUAACGCCGACUGCGAGAGGAUGUUCAUCCAGUCUGCCCUGGUAACCAGGGCAUUCGAGAACACCGCCGCUGUUAUUUAUUGCAAUGCUGGUGGACCGGCGGCAGAGGGUUUCUUCGGCUGCAGUCAAGUUGCACUACCCAUUGUUGGAACAGUGCCUGGGAGCUUUACCGAUGGCGAGGAGGCUAUGCGUAUCUUGGAUGUCGAUAUGAGGACGGUGGAUAUUGCGGAACGUAAUUACCAGAUCCGACAGGACUUGGCCAGGGAGGAUUGGCAUUAUGGCUACCUCAAGAACACGGUCGCAAGGCUAUAGGAUGUAAUACUCGAUACUUAUUUAGUGCGUUAAUAUCAGUUGCGUCUCAACCCCUUUCGCCUGUACCAAGCAGGCAACCAGAGAAGAAGUCAAAUUCUC